UCUCAUUACCCAGAGCCCCGCACCAUCUACAUUGUUACAAUCCUCCCAUUUCCUGCAACAGAACACUUCCAUGUCUCGCGUGAAGGGUAUGCUGUUUUAUCGCUUCAUACCGGAUCGUACCUGCCGCCUGGACGUUGACAACGAUGGAAGCAUAAAGAGCGAAUAUGAGAGGGGUUCGCCGCAAACUGUCAUUAGGUUGACAGAGAUGGGCUGCUGAUUUGGGAAUCCCGGAGAGCUGGAAGCGCCCAGGAGCACCAUGACCGUGUUCAACCAGGAGAAUGUGGAGGAUUAUUACGAGAUUGGAGACGAGCUCGGGAGUGGUCAGUUUGCCGUGGUGAAGAAAUGCCGCCAUAAGACGACAGGAGUGGAGUAUGCAGCCAAGUUUAUCAAGAAAAGGCGCAGCAAAUCCAGUCGGCGAGGGGUCUCCAAAGACGACAUUGAGAGGGAGGUCAGCAUCUUGAAGGAAAUCCAGCACCCAAAUGUCAUCACCCUGCACGAUGUGUUUGAAAACAAGAACGAGGUCAUUCUCAUCCUGGAGCUUGUUGCAGGUGGGGAGCUCUUUGACUUUCUAGCUGAGAAAGAGUCAUUGAGCGAAGAGGAGGCCACCGAGUUCCUUAAGCAGAUCUUAGAUGGAGUCAGUUACCUACACUCCAAACAGAUUGCCCACUUUGACCUGAAGCCGGAGAACAUCAUGCUGUUGAACCGGAGUGUGCCUCACCCCCGCAUUAAGCUCAUUGACUUUGGCCUGGCCCACAAGAUCGAUUUUGGCAACGAUUUCAAAAACAUCUUUGGUACCCCAGAGUUUGUAGCUCCAGAAGUGGUGAACUACGAGCCGCUUGGCCUGGAGGCAGACAUGUGGAGCAUUGGGGUUAUCACUUAUAUUCUGCUUAGUGGUGCCUCACCUUUCCUGGGUGAAAAUAAGCAGGAGACACUCGCCAACGUGUCAGCCGUAGACUACGAGUUUGAUGAGGAGUACUUCAGUAACACCAGUGCUUUGGCCAAAGACUUCAUUACACGGUUGCUGCUCAAAGAUCCAAAAAAAAGAAUGACAAUCCUGGACAGUCUUCAACACCCCUGGAUCAAGCCAAAAGACACACAGCAGGCACUGAGUCGUAAGGAAUCAGCAGUGAAUAUGGAGAAAUUUAAGAAGUUUGCUGCCAGAAGAAAGUGGAAGCAAUCGGUGCGUCUCAUCUCUCUGUGUAACCGGCUCUCCCGCUCCUUCCUGUCUAGGAGCAACAUGAGUGUGGCACGCAGUGAUGACACACUGGACGAGGAGGACUCAUUUGUCAUGAAGGCAAUAAUCCACGCAAUCAAUGAUGACAAUGUUCCAGGUCUAAAACACCUGCUUGGAUCUUUGACCAGCUAUGAUAUUAAUCAACCUAACAAGCAUGGAACCCCUCCGCUCCUGAUUGCUGCGGGCUGUGGAAACGUCCAGAUCAUUGAUGUGCUAAUGAAAAAAGGAGCGGAGAUUCAGGCCUUUGAUAAGACUGGAGCCAGCGCUAUCUACUACGCCGCCCGACAUGGUCAUGUGGGGACCUUGAGAUUCUUGCAUGAAAAGAAGUGCCCUCUGGACAUCCAAGAUAAGUCUGGAGAAACAGCUCUGCAUGUGGCAGCUCGCUAUGGUAAUGUGGAUGUAGUCCAAUACCUUUGCAGCAUCCAUGCCAACCCUGACCUAGUGGACCGGGAGCAGGAGACACCUCUCCACUGUGCUGCGUGGCAUGGUUACUCGGCGGUGGCCAGAGCCUUGUGCGAGGCUGGCUGUGAUGUUAACGCCCGGAAUCGUGAGGGAGAGAGCCCGUUACUCAGCGCUUCUGCCCGCGGCUUCAAGGACAUCGUGGAGUGUCUGCUGGAGCAUGGGGCGGACUUGGACUCCGUCGACAAGGACGGUCACAUUGCUCUGCAUUUGGCAGUGAGGAGAUGUCAGGCUGAAGUGGUGAAGUGUCUGCUCAGCCAUCACUGUUAUGUGGACCACCAGGACCGCCACGGCAACACACCUCUUCACAUCGCCUGCAAAGACGGAAACUUGCCUGUGGUCAUGCAGAUCUGCGCGGCUAAAGCCAAUCUGGAUAUUCCUAACAAAUUUGGGAGAACACCCCUUCACCUGGCAGCUAGUAACGGUGGUCUGGAGGUGGUGCGUCAUCUCUGUGUCACAGGAGCCAACACUGAAGCUAUCACUAAUGAUGGGAAGACAGCGGAGGAUCUCGCGAUUGCAGAGCAGCAGGAGCAUAUAGCAGUGCUGCUGGCCAAGCUGAAAAAGGACAACCAUAAGAGCAUUUACAUCCAGCAGCUGCGGCCUACACAGACCUUCCAACCUCGUAUCAAACUCAAGCUGUUCGGUCACUCGGGAGCAGGGAAGAGCACUUUGGUGGAGUCUUUGAAGUGUGGCAUUUUGCGCAGUUUCUUCAGGAGGAGGAGGAACCGGCUGACCAACCCUGUCCGGCACCCAGCCUCACCGGUCACCUCUAAACCUGCAGUGUCUGUCAGCAUCUCUAACCUGUACCCGGGCUGUGAGAAUGUCAGUGUGCGUAGCCGAAGCAUGAUGUUUGAGCCCAGUUUGACUAAAGGAGUGUUGGAGGUCUUCAGUCCUGUUCAUAACGCUCUCUCCGCGGCGGACGACACCGCCACCAAAGCCAUCGACAUCCAGAACGCCAAUGUCAAUGGUGUUGGAGACUUCAGUAUAUGGGAGUUCUCUGGUAAUCCCGUCUACUACUGCUCAUAUGACUACUUUGCUGCGAAUGACACCACGGCCAUUCAUCUGGUCUUAUUCAGCCUUGAGGAGCCUUACGAGACUCAACUGAACCAGGUCACAUUCUGGCUCAACUGCCUGAAGGCUCUCACUCUGCCAGAGGACAACAUCGCAUUUGGAGGGAAGAUCAGGAAUCCUCUGCGUGUGGUCCUGGUGGCUACACAUGCUGACAUUGUCAAUCUUCCCCGAUCGUUUGGGGGAGAGUUCAGCUACGACAAGGAGAGAUCUCUAAUUAAAGAAGUCAGAAACAGGUUUGGGAAUGAUCUGCAUAUUUCAGAGAAGCUUUUUGUCAUGGAUACAGGAGCGUCCAACUCCAAAGACAUGAAGCUGCUGAGAAACCUUCUGUUAGAGCUCCGCAACACCAUCGUCUCUACCUGCAGGCCGAUGACUCAGCUGGCAGAGAAGCUGUUGUCCACUCUGCCUUCCUGGCGGAAACUGAACGGGCCAAACCAGCUAAUGUCAUGGCAACAGUUUGUUGUGGAUGUGCAAGAACAAAUCAACCCUCUAGCCAGUGAAGAGGAUCUGCGGGAACUGGCUUCGCAACUUCACAGCAUGGGAGAGAUCAACAUCAUGCAGAGUGAGACUGUCCAAGACGUCGUCCUGUUAGAUCCUCGCUGGCUUUGCGGUAAUGUUCUCGGCAAACUUCUCUCGAUUGAAACACCCAAAGCAAUCCACCACUACCGUGGCCGCUACCGCAUAGAAGAACUCCAAAACCUCGUCUCCGAAGGUGACAUCGAUGAACUUCUCCAGGUGCUCGACGCCAUGGAUGUAUGCGCCCGCGACUUAGCCAACCCGGGAAUGGUGGACAUUCCCGCCCUCAUACGCACGGGUGGCCUACAGCACACCUGGACGGAUGAGGAAGACAUCGAAGGCGAGGACACGUUGCUUUACGGUGGCGUGCGCGUUGUCCCUGCGGAGCACUUGGCUCCAUUCCCUUGUGGACUUUUCCAUAAGCUCCAAGUGAACUUGUGCAGGUGGAGCCGGCAGCAGAAGCCAGAGGUGGAGGCUGAGGAUGUGAGGUUGUGGAGCGGCGGAGCUCGUGUUGGACUCGGCGGCGCUGAGGCACUGGUUCUGCUUGUGAACCACGGCCAGGGCAUGGAGGUACAGUUACGAGGACCUGAUUCGAAUCCCUCACGUUGCUAUGCUUUAUUGGACACGUUGUGCGGCAUGGCAGAGGGUCUGUUAGCUGCUACGUUACCCGGUUUGCUUACCGCCCGGCAUUAUCUUAGCCCUCAGCAGCUGCGGGAACACCACGGCCCCGUCAUGCUCUACCAACCGAGAGACUUUUUCCGCGCUCAGGCGCGAGGCGAGAACGCGCUUUCGAACACCAUGGGCGGCUAUCGCGAGAGCUUUGUCAGUAUCGUAGCAUUAGGUUGCACCCAGGUCUACAAACAGGGCAGUCUUGGAGGGGAAGUGGCCGUGGCGGAGGUCGGUCACCUGGCUCGACGCAAGCUCUGCCGCCUGCUGGACCCUCCCGAUGCCCUCGGAAAAGACUGGUGCCUGCUUGCCAUGAACUUGGGCCUUAGCGAGCUCGCUGCUAAAUACAGUUCUGGCACCAACGGAAUCCCGCCCGCAGACCCCCUUUCCCUUCCCAGUCCCACAGCCACGCUCCUCCAGGAGUGGAGCCAGCGACCCGAUUCAACCAUAGGCAUUUUGGUCGCUAAGUUGCGAGAACUCGGCCGCCGGGAUGCGGCAGAUUUCCUCCUCAGAGCUGCACCUGUGUUCCGGGUCAACUUGGAGUUUCUGGGCACCCCGCCGGAGCCCUACAGCCCGGUGUGUAACGGGGGCGGCACAUCCUUCAACUCCAUCAGUUCGGUGAUCUCUCGUUAGGACGUCACUUGUGUGUCUAUAGAGAAACGUGCAAUUGACCGGCGGAGCGGUGUUCAAGCUCGAGCUCCCUUGGUGUUCCCGAGACUGAAGUAUUUGAAUCAGAUACUCUGCUCAUGUCCAUUUUGUUGCCCUUCGCGAUUUCUGAAUGUUCAUUCUCGGUGUCUUUGAAAAGGUGCCUAUGUGCUUUUUUUUUCUGCAAACCUUUUAUUGACUGUCUCACAUUCCCAAGGUGAAACGGCCUUACUGAAAGAAAAUUCCAUCACUUUUAUAAAUUCGGACAGCUGUUAUAGGGGAUUUGCGCUAAAUUUGAUGACCGAAUGAUGGAUCACUAAGUGCUUGGCAGCAUUGUUUAAUAAACGACUCAAGCUAUUGAGUGCCUUGAAGAUGGUAAGCUAUUGACAAAGAGCCAUUGUUAUAGAUUUCAAAAUUGGAUGUGCAUCUCUGCAAGUGUUUCGGUGUUUACCUGUCUUACGAAGCUUUUAACGAACAUAUCUAUUAGAUUUACACUUUUUAAACGUAAAAAAAUCGGUACAAAAUUGAGUCGUUCGCAUUUACUACCUGAUCGUUCCUUGUUGCAACUAACACGCGUCAUUUUCAGACAGGAUUUUAUCCAAAUGUCGAAGCACAAACACACAUACUAAACAUUCCUUUAAAACUCAAAAUGCAUGGUAAAAUGUCUGGUUUUUAAUCCCUCAUGUUUGUCUCAUUCACACUUGUAGCUUACUUGUCACUUUUGUGAAAUAUUACAGUUCCGACUACCUGUCAAAUGGAAAUGAUGAAAUAUUCCAGGCACUUACAUGACAAGUAAUAUUUAGUUUUUCUUCAUAAAAAUGAUGUCUGCUGCAGUGUCCUGAUGAGCAUGAUCUUUGUUACAAUCGUUCCGCUUAUUUUAAUAUAUCCCGUUUCACACAUUUACACUGUUUGUUGAUCGUUUAAAGAAAUGUAUUUUAAACAGUCGUUUGAAUUCUUUACACUGGAGAAUUAAUGCUAUUCUAAGGGACUUAAUUUGGCAGAAGCGUCAUAAAAUAUGUUGACAUUUUGCGUUAAAACUGUUAAAAGCGAUGCCAUUCUUUAGUUACAGGAAAACCGUAAUGAAUGUGGUGUAUUGGAUACAAAUGAAGUGACAACUUGAAAACUGUAGAUGGCAGCAAACUCUGUUACUUCUAACACAUGCUACGACUCCUUUUGCUCUCCUUCUUACGAGACUGUUGUAGUUUCAUCAUCGUCUUUUUUUUAAUGUCUGAAAGUCCAGACAACUGUUCCAUAUUAUAUUUUGGGACAGGUCUAUCCUCAAGCUUAUCAUCAUUUCCCUGGCAGGCUUAAAAUCACAAACUGUUCUAAAAGGGAAUCGGGCAUAUUUUGUUCUCUCAUUCCAAAAGGCACAUUUUUAUAUUGUGGUUAAGUCUAUGUAUUAUGGAGCUCUUUCGCUGUUUAGCUGUGGUCAAGGUUCAUGAUUUCCCCCCUUUAAGACUUUAACAGGGUAUAUCAGAGGGGAAUUUAUCCUGGUGUAUUUAAGACUUGUACAGUCAUCUCUUUGCACAAGACCUUCACAUUAUUGCUCUAUUUAUAUUAUGUCCGCAUGUCUCUGAAUGCAAUGUCCUUAAUACUUCCUCAGACUUUACAGUGUACUACAUUUUUUUUAUAUAAUAAAUUGUUUACUCAAUUA